AUGGAGAUUCUCAGGGUAAGGUGGUCGAAGGAGGACAGGCGAGCACAAAAGUGGCGAACGAUGAUCGACAAUUUUGACAGUUGGAGGAUGGGAAAGAAGGCCACACGAUUCCGAAACAGAGUGCGCAAGGGUGUGCCAGACUGCGUUCGGGCUAAAGUUUGGCAGAUGCUGAUGGGAUCCACGGCUAUGAUGGAAAGGGAGCCGAACAAGUACGCAGACCUGGUGGCGAGUGAUCUCCCGGUGGAAGGCCCCAUCGAAGAAGACAUACCCCGCACGAUGUACGACCAUGAGCUAUUCUGCCGCAAGUCGCGAGUCAACGGGAGAGAUAUGCUGCGGAGAGUUUUGACGGCAUAUGGGCGCUAUGAUCGAGAGGUGCAAUAUUGCCAGGGCGUAAACUACAUAACGUCCUUGUUUCUGCUCUAUAUGCCGGAGGAGAACGCAUUCUGGAUGCUGGUCGCUACCAUGAACCGCCCGUGCGCACCGUUGAGGGAGCUAUUUCUUCCGGGGAUGUUGAAGGCACAAGAAUUCCAGUUUGUGAUGGACUCGCUCACGAAGAAGCACUGCGAGAAGCUCUCAAACCAGAUCCUGGCACAUAACCUCACUCCUGCCAUGUACGCGACCCAGUGGUUCCUGACCGCAUUCACCCAGCGUUUCCCGUACGACUUGGUGACCCGCGUGUGGGACAUGUUCCUCCUGGAGGACUGGAAGGUGUUCUACAGAGUGUGUCUGGCAUUAUUCAAGUCUGUCGAAGGCAAAGCUGCUGCACUCGACCUCGAGAACCUGAACUUGCUACUUCGCAACAUGCCCCCGAAUGUGGACGCCCAGCAGAUCCUUGAUAUCGCGGCCAGUAUUCCAUUGAAGCAUCGGCACAUCGGGAAGCGCGUUGCUCUCUUCGGUGACUUCAAUGCGAACAAAAAAUAGGCCUGCUCGAGGAACGGACGGAGCGUAGCAAAGUAGCGCAGCUUGCGUGCUGGUGGGGAAGCACGCGCAGUCUCGCGCACGAGAGAUGUGUUUCCUUGGAUUUGCGUGCGCGAUGAUGGUUGGUAUGGUUGACCGGGGUUUACCUCGGUCGCAGCUUGAGGCAACGACAGCAAUGUAUAACACACGAGCCAACGUAUGUCGUCUGUGGAUCUAGCAUAUA